GUGCGCGCGACAAGCACGUCGCUUAAGCACGCUUGAGUAGAAGGCGAGUUGUUGUGGUACGUGCCAUACGUGCCAUACGUGCCGCUGCGUGCUGUUGCGUGCCGCGGAGAAAAGCCAGAGAGUGCGUCUCCUUAUUAUUAGAGGAGCACACAGCUGGCACGGGUCAAGAUGUAAGCUAUCAAGGUGCGGGGAUGUCGCGCUAGAGAAGAGCGGGUCCAGGCUGAGAGAGAGAGAGAGAGAGAGAGGGGAGAGGGGCGAGAGCAAAACGGAGGAGAGAAUCAGACCUGGCAUACACUGUCAUGCAAUGGCAUAUACGACAAUGUUACACGAGGGUUACACGAGGGGAGAAUAGAGAAAUGGAGUAGCUGCAGAAAAAGGGGAAAAGGAGAUCGAUCGGUUGGUCAAUAACUGUGGCAAUGGAGGACAUCAGACUAGGGUAAGAGAGUAUAUACUGUAUAUACUGUAUUAUUUCCGGUCUUGUCGAGAGAUUCGUGCGAUCGCCCGCGCCGAUCGGGCACUACGUACAUACAUGUCAUGUAUAUCUACAUAUAUGCGUGCGGGGACAAGUGCGGCGCGAGAGUGAGCCGCCAGCGCGAAUGCGAGCGCGAGCGCACUCUUGCCGAGGUCGUGCUCGUGGUCGUGGUCGUGGACUGUGACUAUGGAGAGGAAAGUAGGACGCCAGGGGUAGUUGCUCGUGCUCGUGCUCGUGCUCGUGUCGGGGAGGGUGAGGGUGAUCGCGAGCGCGAAUCGUGAGGAUGUCUCAUUUUUUCGACUUCGCCGCUGGAAUUGCCGGAAACGCGAACGAAGUCAACGAAGAGCGAGCUUCUCUACCAAGGCGGAGCUAGGCGAGAGCGAUUCUGCGAUGGCACAACGAGGGCUCGACUUCGACGAUACGGCACACGCGUCGACGAGUGCAGCGAGAAAUCGGCCAAGGGAACGUGAAAACGAACGGUGAAGGUCUGUCGCGGGUCUGCUGGCACGGGUGCUGGUGCUGGUGCUUAAUACGAUAAGUUGUCAGUGGUGACAAUGAGACGGCACUUACACGCGUACUCCUCCGAUGAGAGCUUUUUCCAUAUCAUCGUGAUCUGAACCAAAAAUGGCGUCAGGUUUAUCGAAUGUUCAUCAAAAGAAGCUUGGACCAGCGCCGAUAGCAUCCUUCGAGGACUUAUCCGAGGAAGUGGAAAACGGAGAAGCGGCGGCGGCGGCGGCGGCGGCGGCGGCGGCAGGGCGAAUGCCGGGUAUCGUCGAGGUCACCACGCCGGCAACGCCUGGCAGUUCGCUCAAGACCCCUAGCACGCCACGAAUUGAUAUCAGUAGAGCAAGCAGUUCUUCGCACCAUGAGGAUAGUAAUUCCAGGGACUCGUCACCUGAACGGGAGCUUCUUGCAGGUGCGGAUCCUCCGUCCGGUUGCAAGCUGACUCUGGGUUAUAAGGAAGAUGCUCAAGAUCUGAGAUCUUCUACGGAGGAGCUGGAUUUACAGGAUCCCAUCCAUGAACAGGAUCUCAAACGAGAAUCCAAAAGGCGAAAGCGAAAGGAGACCGAUGGAUCUCAAUCAGAUUAUAGCGGCAAGCAACUAGGCCAGGAUCGUGAACGCAAGGACAGUAAUUGCUCGGAGAUAUGUUUGCUCAACAUCAGCGGUAGAACAUCUAGAUUGUCGUCGGUUGGUAGUCAAGGCUCCGGCGUUUCGGGGAAGCUCUCGGUUAUGUCAGCGACUUCCUCCAGAUCUCCCAGUCCUCACAAGUGUCUACUAGAGACGUCGUUCUGCGGAAGCAAGCCGACGUUGGCUGACAAUCUGAUAGAGCCAUCGAAACCGGAGACCGAUGAUCUCGAGAAAAUACUCUUGAAGCGGGAGGCCGAUACUACGAAGGCGUUGAUUCCCGAGAGUAUUAAAGUGCCUAUGGUAGGUGGCAAUCUGAAGCCGGAUCCGUUGGAUAAGCCCAGAAGACGCGGUCGUGAGGAGCGGAAGGAAAUCUUCAAACGAGAAGUGGAAAUUACCAAAAGAUUUCUGGAGAAAGUUAAUAUAGAGGUUCCGAUCAUCAAAAAGUCGGGCCAACAACAAGGAUCGAUAAUGCAACAACAGUAUCAACAGCAGAAGCAGCAGCAACAACAGCAAUAUCAAUCAAAGAUUCAAAUACAAGAAGUUCAGAAACCUGCGACACUCGAUUUUAACGACAAAAGGAAAAAAGCUCAAAACUUUAAGGAGAUUGUUCAGACGACGCCUACGACAAGUAGUCUUACCGGAAGUCCCAAAUUACCGAGACAUCAAAAAGUUCGUGAUUUGGAAGGUUCGCGAACACCCAGUCCAUCGUCCGUAUCUAGAAAAAGUAGUUUCGCUUCAUUAUUUAAGACUAGAGCCGACGGUAACGUAUUGAGUCCAGAAUCACCAUCACCUAGCACAAAGCCACGACGGAGUCUGACAUCGAAAUUGAAGGACACUACGGAAAGUUUAAGAAGUCGUUCAAAGUCACGCGAAAGAGUUUCUGUUGACAAGGGUUCGAUCUUGAAAAAAGAUUCGAAAAAUAAAGGGGUGUUUUCGUCUACGCUGAGUUUAUUUAAGAAACGUGAAAGGAAGAAGAGCUACGAUGAAGCAAUUGCGGCUUCGUGCGAUCUUGAAGUCGCUAGUGGAGAUGAACACCCGUCUUUAGAGAGCAUCGGUCACGUAGAGUUUACAUUCAAUACGGAAAAGGAAAAGAAUCGUCAGGAUGAUUCGAUCUUUAUUAGUCUGCAUGCCGAUGACAGAAAUUAUGAAGAAGCCUUGCCAUCAGAGAGUGUCUCGAUACCAUUGGAAACACCGACCAAAUUACUGGACGAAUAUGAGUCUGAGGGACCGCAUACGGGUAGUAUAAUCACAGAGGUGUCCAUUGAGCACCAUCCAUCGUCGAUUGCCAAGAUUAGGACCGAGGCGCAGAUUGAGACGGUUACGGCGACGCAAAUUGCAUCCAGAAGUUUAUCCAGAGAUAGUCAGCUGUCGCAGAGCGAGCCAAAAGAUUCGUAUAUACUAAAAAGUUCGUUGAGGGAUUCGAAGAUCAGCGCACAGGCUAACAAAAUAAUCGGAACGCCGCCACUAGCCAAGUCAUCGACUACGGUUAAACCAGAUAUUAAACUGGCGAUUACAUCGGAAAUUAAAUCGACAGACUUACGAGCGUUGCCUGGUGGCUUGCCGAGAGAGUCUACGGGCAAAAAACCGGACAUAACAAAGCCGAAGAGAAAAAGCAAAGAGAAUCAGCACCAGCAACAGCAGCAGCAGCAGCAGCAGCAGCCAGAACUAUCUGAGAGGAUAAGUGACGAUGUAGCGAUGCAACAGAAAAGAGUAAGCUCGGGCGAGCCUUCUCGAGCUGCUCAAGAAACUAAAAGACUCGAUCACCUCGAUGAUAAGAUUGGCAAGUCGUUGGAACAGGAAGGUCUAGUAAAGGUGCCCAGUGUGAUAUCCGAUCUGGAUCAUAACAGCUCCGAAUCCGAAAGAGAUUCGGAGAUUGAGUUUAUUCGCAAUAAGGUCGAGAAACUGACCGAGGAGCUACCAGACGAGCGAAAGGGUCUCUUCUAUGAGGAGAGUUUUGAGGAGGAUCUUCCAUAUGUACCGACGACUCUGCCAUUAGAGAAGAGCGUAGCUGUACCCAUUCUACCAGUUAAACAACGACUUCAGGAAGUAAGAACAAUUCCAAUCGAGAGACCGCGCUCAACUACGCCAAUAAACCCGACCUUGUUGGAUGAGUUUGUAAUGCAGACAUCGCUGGAUGAGAGGCGCGUGGAGCGGAUGAAAAUAUCUCUGCCGCGAGAGGAUAGCUUCAAGUUGAAGAGUCCGCGACGGCAAUACACCAGUACAGCGAAUACGUUUACAGAAUUUGCGGGCAAGGUGCCGCCGGAUGGCGGCCGCAAAGGCGCUAUUAAUCAAGGGAAAUCACCUAGUCCACCUCCACUGCCACCGAGAGCAUCAACAGCAACAUCAACAACGACAACGGCGGCAGCAGCAACGGCAGCGGCAGCAGCAGCAGCAUCGUCAUCAUCAUCAUCAUCAUUAUCAUCAUCAGCAACAUCAGCGACAGCAGCAGCACGGCUGAGCAACUGGAUCAACUUUGAAGAGAUACCAGAGAAACGAAAAGCACCGAAACGGAUACAGACGAUACCGCGGCCAGAGGAUGAGAUCGCAAAGACUGUCACCGGUUACAACUAUGUGCAACCGGAAGAAUGCAAGUGCGAGUGCCACGAGGAAUCUAGGCGAGCGUCCAUGCGGGAGGCAGCGGCGGGGGGCACGGCUACUUGCAGCAGUAACGGCGAGCGACCGUGCAAUGGCGAAAACUGUACGGUGCCGACCGUUGGCGGCGGUAGUUCGGUCGAUCGCGCCAGUAUCGUCAGUGACAGUUCGCUGGAGUGUUCGCUGAGUCUCGACGACAGUCAGAGCACGCAGGUGCUUCUCGGCAACUCGACGAAACCCUUCGCAAUGGAUCUCGACGUGCGUUCCAACAGGUCGAGCAUCAUAUCGCAGGAGGAAAACGAAGAGAAUCAGCACCAAUAAUAAUUAAUAUAACAAUUGUAAUAGUAAUACUCGCAGUAGAGCGCACUUACGCCUUAGAAUCUUUGGAUUUUUCUUUUCUACGUGUGGAAAGAUUAAUCCGAGUUCUUCUGCGACGAAUCAAAGAACGAUUCGAUUCCGAAAGAGAUGUGCGCCAUCGUUGCGUUCUCCCGUCGCAUUUUCUUUUUCUAUAAGAAAAGUUUUCAAAACCGGGAAACUGAACCUUAUUGUAUGAUGUCGGAAUCUGUUCUUCGCUUUUUGGUAGAUCGUAGCAGGCGCGCGAUCAAACUUCCGAUAGUUGAAAGUACAUAUGUAUGUACAUCGUUGCGCGCUCUCGUGUCUUCGAAAUCGAAUUUCGAAAUGUCUUUCGUCUUCGGCGUCACGCAAUUGUUUAUCUGUACAAUAGUGUACGCCAAUCGGACCAUUUUCGUAUAAUCGCACCGCGCCAGAUUUACACAUCACUGUUAAUAUACACUUUCGCAUGAUACUUUCGCGAUAGAAUUAUGUAUCACUGCAGCAGUAUAUCGCUAGUUCUUUCUUUUCCUUUUUCGUUCUUAAUUUUCCUCUGCAUUAGUCAAAAUCGCGCUCACAUUAUGAUUCAUUACGAUCGAUUAAUUAUUAUUUCUAAUUGAAAAGCUCAUUUCUUUAUAUCGUUGAAAGUUGAAACGAUAAUAUGUAAGAGAACGAAAUGAAGAGUAUCGCGUGUCACAAGUUCUUUUCCAAAUAUACAAAUUAAAAAUUUUGGGAGAAAAAUCGCGGUUAGACGAAAUUCCUUAUUCCUUCUAUUGUGUCUGUACCUUUAAAGUUUAUCAUACGCAUGCAUAUACGCGGUGAUAUUUUGUUAAAGGCAGAUAUUUUAUUAGAGGCACCCAGGAUGGUGGUUCGCUAAUGUUUCUCUAUUAAUCAAUAAUUUUCUCUGAUGAGAGAAUCGCAUCGCAUCGCGAAAUAUUGGUGAAAUGCUCGAGCAUCGCUCGUAUCUCGUUUUUUUUUUUUUUUAAGAUAGAAAAAGUAAAAAUAUAUGCGCGCGCGCAUACGCAUACACGCAUACAAACACUGAGUGACACAAGUUGACACAAACAUCACUAUCUUCCUUGACAUUCAGAGAGUAACAAAGGCAGAAACUUGUGUCACCAAAUGGAACGCAUUAUUUUGUUAGCAUUAUUUGUUAUAUACUUACACACCGACGAGAUCUCGCGGUGUUCGAGUGAGCUUUCGAAGCUUCAUAUCAUGUAGAUAAGCGUAGAUUUAUAUAGACACAUUUAUCUCCAUGCGCACGUUGAUCUUGUAUCGAAAUUAAGAAGUUUAUUCAAUGUUGAACCGGAGAAACCGGUACGAUCAUUUAUUGAUCGAUUGUUUUUCAAAGGAUAGCAUUUACGUAAACGAUUUUACGAUUACUUACUGUAAUGCCAGGCAGAUUUCGGCUGCCGAUAUCGUAGGCAUUAUAGUCUCAGCGAUUAACGUUGUCAUAAUUAUAAACACUCGUCGGAAUGUUAAAUGCACGUGAAUCAAUCUAACGUGUAUGUAUUACUACACAUGCGGAUUAAACGGCGAAUGCAUACACAGAUUUUUCCAACUACCGCACUAUUUUGCAAAUUAUUUCGAAUCGUCGGCGACUUGUCUACUCGUCACGAUCUCUUUCAUUUUUAGAUCUGGCUUGGCGAGCCAUCAUUCGCUCGAAUAUAUUAAUUUUUAAGGGAAUGAUUUUUUGUCAUUCUCCCUUGAUUCGAGACGAGAUGCAUUUAUUAAUCGUACGUCGUUUCGUAAGUCUAGCUCUCGUACGAUAGAGAGAAAGACAAUUCUAUAUUAUCUACCUCCUUAAAAAAAAGAAAAACAGAAAAAUGUACCAAAGAUAAUCGAGUGUUUGUGGAGGGUUGUUUCAUUUACGCUUAGAAAAUCAGCCCGAUAAGCAUGACUAGCUCGAUUUGAUCUCUUUUCUCGUGGUAAGAUCAAUUUUUUGGAGAAUGGAAAGGAAAUGGCACGUAUGUAGUACUAGAAAAUAUUUGUAAAAUAAAUAUUAUAUAAUAUAUAAAAUAUAAAAUAGAUCAAGAUUUA